AUAAUAAUUCGGUUUAUCGAGUCCAAUCUAUAAUAAUUCGAUUUCAAACCUUACAUUUUGUUUUGUUUUGUUUUGUUUUUUUUUUAAUUUAUUUAUUAUUUUUUUUCUUUUGAUAAAAAAAAUAGAAAAGAAAGAUAAACGAUAAACGACAAAGCUCAGUCGACAGCUUCAACCUUCGCGAAUGGUUUUUCCAUAGUCGUAUUUCAUCUUCGUCUUCUUCGUUCCACUUUCUUCUGAUUACCAUUCUCGGCGCGAAGCCAUCAUUCUGCUUCGUUGGGCCUAUGUACUUCGGCAUCACUUUGAUCCAUAAUCGCGAGGGUUUUGGUAGCUUAAUUGCGUAGACGUAUGGAUUCUGUGUACAUUUAAGUUUCUCACGCUAGAUCUAGAGUUAGAGCACAAAAUUUUAUAAGCUGUGGUGCACUCUCAUAAGUUCCCCACAUCAAAUUAGAGGAAAAGCAUGGGACUUUUUGAUGGAUUGCCUGUCUCUCCAAAUAAAGCAGAUUUAAGGGAGGAGCUUUCACGAAUAGAUGAGAGCUGGGCUGCUGCACGGUUUGAUUCAUUGCCUCAUGUUGUCCAUAUUUUGACAUCAAAAGAUCGUGAAGCUGAAGUUCAGUUUCUGAAGGAGCAAAGUGAUGUUGUUGAGGAAGUUGUGGAUGAAGUAGUGCAUGCUUAUCACAGUGGCUUCAACAAAGCAAUUCAAAAUUAUUCCCAGAUAUUGCGUUUGUUCAGCGAAUCCACAGAAUGUAUUGGUGUCUUAAAGGUUGAUUUGGCUGACGCGAAAAAGUGUCUUAGUGCUCGUAAUAAACAGCUUCAUCAGUUAUGGUAUCGGUCGGUUACAUUGCGUCACAUAAUUUCCUUAUUAGAUCAAAUUGAGGGCAUAGCUAAGGUUCCAGCUCGCAUUGAGAAGCUGAUUGCUGACAAGCAGUUUUAUGCUGCUGUACAAUUGCAUGUUCAUUCUACAUUGAUGCUUGAGCGAGAAGGACUUCAGACAGUCGGUGCCCUUCAAGAUGUUCGAUCAGAGUUGUUGAAGCUGAGAGGAAUAUUAUUUUAUAAAGUUUUGGAGGAUUUGCAUGCACAUCUUUACAACAAGGGAGAAUAUAGCUCAGCUUCCUUAGGCAUAGAUGAAAAAGAUGAUGAUGUUCCAACCACCACAGCUGUUGCAUUUUCAAUGAAUAAUUCACAAUCCUUAUCUCGAAGGACUAGGUUACUGAAAGGCGACAAUCAUGUUAAUGCUCAUGGAGAUGGAUCAUAUAGGGCAGCCUCUAUUGAUGGGGGUUCAUCUUUUGAUGGCCAUGAUGAGGAUGGUGCUUUGGAACUACAUGAUGAAGUUACCUCAGAUGGCCAUACAACUUUAGUUAGGGUUAAUGGUGGUGAAGGUUUCCCAAAAGACGUCAAAACUAUUUCUCGUCCAAUGCCAACCUGGCUUUUGAAUUCCACCCCAGAUGAAUUUCUUGAAACAAUGAAAAAGAGUGAUGCCCCACUUCAUGUAAAGUAUCUCCAGACCAUGGUUGAGUGCCUUUGCAUACUUGGCAAAGUUGCUGCUGCUGGUGCUAUGAUCUGCCAAAGACUGCGUCCUACAAUUCAUGAGACUAUCACGUCCAAGAUUAAAUCCCAUGCAGAUGUUGUUAAUUCUUUGAGGUAUGGCAUUGGCCAGACUGCACAUACUGCUACACCUGGUCUGCAUUUAAUGAAGGGGCAUUUAGAAAGCUAUCAGUUGUCAAAGCAGAAGCGUCAAAAUGGGAUAUCACUGACUGGGACCCUAUUGACAGUAAGCCCUGUCUCGCCUGUAAUGGCCCCCACAGGAAAAGCACAGGCUUCAGCAAAGGAACUGUUAGAUUCGAUUUUGGACUCUGUUGUUCGUAUAUUUGAAAAUCAUGUUGUUGUUGGGGAGAUUUUGGAGUCAAAAUCUGUUCAGUUUGAAAACACAUCAAAAUCAUUGCCAGUAGAUGUAAAUUGGAAUCCUGAUUCUGAAGCAUCUCAAGUAACUGGAGGCUACAGUAUUGGAUUUUCCCUGACAGUAUUACAGAGUGAGUGCCAACAACUCAUUUGUGAAAUUCUCCGAGCAACUCCUGAAGCUGCCUCUGCUGAUGCUGCUGUACAAACUGCUAGACUUGCAAACAAGGUGCCUUCCAAAGAGAAGAGGGAUGGGGCAGAAGAAGGUCUCACUUUUGCUUUUCGCUUCACAGAUGCUAGUAUAUCAAUCCCCAACGAGGGGGUUGAUCUUAUUCGCCAAGGCUGGAAUAGAAGAGGUCCAAACAUAUUGCAAGAAGGUUAUGGGUCCGCAUCUGUCUUGCCUGAGCAAGGCAUAUAUCUUGCAGCAUCUAUAUACCGACCUGUUUUGCAGUUCACAGACAAAGUUGCUUCAUUGCUGCCAACAAAAUAUUCCCAGCUAGGGAAUGAUGGUUUACUAGCAUUUGUGGAGAAUUUCGUAAAGGACCACUUUUUACCAACAAUGUUUGUAGACUACAGAAAAAGUGUACAGCAAGCUAUAUCAAGUCCCGCUGCAUUCAGGCCCCGAGCACAUACUGCUGCAACUUAUACUCCAGCAGUUGAAAAGGGUCGACCUGUCUUACAGGGUCUCCUGGCUAUAGAUUUCUUAGCGAAGGAGGUGCUCGGUUGGGCUCAAGCGAUGCCUAAAUUUUCUGGUGAUCUUGUGAAAUAUGUGCAAACUUUUCUGGAGCGAACAUAUGAAAGAUGUCGAACUUCAUACAUGGAGGCAGUUCUUGAGAAGCAAAGUUAUAUGCUUAUUGGGAGGAAUGAUUUUGAGAAAUUGAUGCGACUUGACCCUGCAAGUGCAUGUUUACCAAAUGCUGUUGGUCAAUCUAACAUUAAUAAUCAUACAGCUGAUGCUGAAACUGUUGAGGUUGAAUUAGAACUAUGUGAUUUAUUGUUAACAUUGCGGCCUAUUAAGCAGGAGAAUCUGAUUCGUGAUGAUAACAAACUUAUAUUGCUUGCUUCCCUUAGUGAUUCAUUGGAGUAUCUUGCAGACUCAAUUGAAAGGCUUGGGCGGACAACCGUGAAAGCUCCAACUCAAUCGAGCACUGCACCUUCAAGGGAUAUGGCUUCAUUUGCAGACGAGUAUAGGAAAUUGGCAAUUGAUUGCCUUAAAGUUUUACGUGUUGAGAUGCAACUAGAGACUAUUUUCCAUAUGCAGGAAAUGACAACUAGGGAGUAUCUGGAGGACCAAGAUGCAGAAGAGCCAGAUGACUUUAUUAUCUCACUCACUGCACAGAUUAUGCGGAGGGAUGAAGAAAUGGCACCUUUUGUUGCGGCAGUGAAGCGGAAUUACAUAUUUGGCGGAAUAUGCAGUGUUGCAGCCAAUGCAUCCAUAAAGGCUUUGGCUGACAUGAAGCUCAUCAAUCUUUUUGGAGUUCAGCAGAUAUGCCGAAAUUCAAUUGCAUUGGAACAGGCACUAGCUGCUAUACCCUCAAUUGACAGUGAAGCUGUACAACAGAGAUUAGAUCACGUUCGAACUUACUUCGAACUUCUAAACAUGCCAUAUGAGGCCUUGCUUGCCUUUAUCACGGAGCAUGAGCACUUGUUCACAGCUGCCGAGUACAUUAAUCUUCUAAAGGUCCAAGUCCCAGGAAGGGAGAUUCCUGCUGAUGCUCAGGACCGUGUAAUGGAUAUUUUAUCCCGUUAGCUUUCUGGGUUUUUGGAUUUCGAUCUACUUUCGGUUUCUUAGAACAAAUGGGUGUGUCAUUCUAAGGGAAGUCCCAUGUUCCCGUCAUUGGUGGGGAAGGUUUUGUCUUAAUUCUGUUCUGUUGAGGUCAUAAUGUAGAUCGUAAUUAUUUUUUUAUUAUAAUUAUUAUUUGUUAAUGUGCAGCAUCAAUUUUGUUCAUUCCUUUUUUUUUUUGGGACAAUCUUAUGGGAAACUUGGGUUUGUAGUUUUGGCGUGAAUAGGAAAAGAAAGAUGUAAUUUAAAAUCUGUCAUUAGCUUUUGUAAAUCAUUUCAUUGGUUCUCACAUUAAUCUCCUUUUGCCUUUAUUAUUAUAUAUUUUGCUUAUUGGUU